AUGGACAAGUCAUCUGGUCACUCAACGUUGGUCCGUAAUUUAAGGUUCUCCACAACGCCACAAGUUGUGAGGGAAGCCUUUGAAAGAUUUGGAAAAAUUCGUGACGUAUAUCUGCCACUUGAUUUUAACACUAAAAGGCCAAGAGGAUUCGGCUUUGUCGAAUACUAUGAAAAAUCAGACGCCGUCGAUGCUGUAAAGGCAAUGGAUAAUACAGACUUGGAUGGAAGCAUAAUCAACUGUUGCCUGGCCCAAGAUCGCAGGAAAUCUCCAAGUUCUAUGCGCAGAGUGUACCGCAACCGCGCAAGAAGGAAUUAUCGAAGCAGGAGCAACAGCUACCGUGGAAGGAGGUCGAGGACGCCCCCCAGGUUCCGCGACGACAGGCGCAGAGGCUACUCGCGUGAAAGGUCACCGCGCAGGCUCUACCGAGACCGACGCGACGGACGGGGCUACAGGGAGAGGUACGAGCCGAACUACGAGCGCGACGGCCGCAGGUUCAGGGAGCCCUACGACCGCGACGGCAGGGACAGGAACCGCGACCGCAACUUCCGCGAGUACCGCGGGCCGCGCGACAACGGCAGGGGCAGCAGGGACAGGUUCCGCGACGAGCGCGACAAGUUCCGGGAGGAGCGCGUCGACCGCGGGCAGCACGACGAGUUCCGCGAGGACAACAGCACCUUCAGGGACGACUUCGUCGAGGAGAGGUACGACUACGGGAACGAGGCCGACAUGGAGAGGCCUGAUCACAAGAUCGACGUUGACAGUUCUAGAGACUACAGCGCCUCCAGGUCCAGGUCCAACAACUAG